AGGGAGGAGGCAGAGGCGCGGUGGUAGGGCUGGGCAGGGCAGGGCAGGGCAGGGCAGCGCCGCGGGGGGCAGGAGCGCACGGCGCGAGCGGUGGUAGAAUCUCGAGCGAGUGAGAGCCAGAACGGAGAGAGAGAGAGAGAGAGAAAGAGAGAGAGAGAGAGAGAGAGUGGGGGGAGGGGGAGAAGAAGACGUCAACACGAACGACGCAAAAGGGAAGUGGGGGAUUAGGAUUAGGGGAGAAAGAGAACGGGGAGAGGGGAACGGGAAGGAGGGACCGGCGAGCGAGAAGGGGGAGGGGGAAGAUGGACGAGGGUGCGCCUGCGUUCCGCUUCAACUUCGCUGCGCCUGCUCCUGCUCCUGCUGCCGCUGCCGCUGCUGCUUGUGCUUGUCCCAGUGCAGGAGAAGCACGUCAGGAGACGCAGAAUUUUGAUAAGCAUAACUCACUGCUCGGGUACGAUGACGAUGCUGUUUUGCCUCCGGCUCCACCGCCCCGAGAAGUCUUCCCGAACGAGGUGGCGCCCUUCAAGCCUUUUACAACGGAUCCUGUCGUCUGCCAGGGCGGAUUCACACUUGUGAAGGGGCGAGUGAGCACAUCUGAUAUUUUCGGUGUUGCGAAGACUGAUCUCGUUCCAGGGAAAUAUGAAGGAGGACUGAAACUUUGGGAGUGCACCGUCGAUUUAAUUAAUACUCUGCGUCGUGAAAUUAAAGAUGGGCAGCUGUCGUUUCGGGGAAAGCGAGUGUUGGAGCUAGGAUGCGGACACGGGUUGCCAGGUAUCCUAGCCUGCCUGAAGGGAGCAUCAACUGUACAUUUUCAGGACUUCAAUGCAGAGGUUUUGAGACAUCUCACGAUCCCGAAUGUGGAAGCGAAUCUUCAGCAAGAUCAAGCUCGAAGCAAGCAGAGUGGCGCGGUGCUAGCCAAGGCCGGCCAGCCAGCCCCGGAUGUGCACUACUACGCCGGGGACUGGGGCGAUGUCUACGAAUUGCUAUCGACGGUGGGAGCGGUAGACAACAGCGAUUGUAGCAGUGAAGAGGACUCGGCGCCAGUGGCUAGCACUGGCAGUGCGGAGCCUGAGAACGGUCCCGACACCACCCGGAGUGCGGGCCACUACAAUUUUGGGGCCAGUGCUUUGACAUCUUGCUCACGAAGACUGUCGCGCAGUAGCCGGGCUUGUGAGCAAGGAAGUGACGAUGCCGCGUUGGAAGGAGGAUAUGAUAUCAUUCUGAUGUCGGAGACUGUCUACUCUUUAGUGUCGCUACCCAAGCUUUACGACCUCAUUAAGAAGUGCUUGAAGCCACCGUAUGGAGUUCUCUACGUGGCUGCUAAGAAACAUUAUUUCGGUGUGGGAGGUGGAACACGACAAUUCAAGUACCUCGUUGAAGAAGAUGGUGUUCUCGGAGCCCACCUCGUGACAGAUUUUGCAGACGGAUCGUCGAACGUGAGAGAAAUUUGGAAGUUUUUUUACAGGUCCUGAGCGAGCGAGAUACAGUGAGCCAGACCAACUUUGGCAGCGUAUAUAAGGGGCUGCCUGCGUACAAGUUGGCUGUAUACAAAUUUACGGCGUAGUGAGAUUAAGUGCCAAGCAUUCAGAUCUGGCUCGGCCUCAUGACGCCAUUCAGUCAGUGUACAUUCUUCAAUAAUACAUUCUUUCAUUCAUUUUUGAGCGAGUGCUUUUGAAGACCACCGCGGUCCGAGUACUCCUCGUGCGGCCCGGGAGUAAUUUUGUCAGCAAAGCUGCACAAGCGCGGCCAUUUUUGAAGCUUCUCCGAGUUACCACCGGGUUUUAGGGCCUCACCUUUUUUGUAGUUCAGGUUCCAGAACACCAGGGUCACGUGAAAUCCAGGGACUCUGAACCCCUGAGCAGGAGUCUAGCCCUGCAGAAUUUCUAUACUAUGAAGGUCUCAUGUACAUUGGAGUUCACUCAUAUUUGUCAGUCGUUGGCAACGUAUUGUACGCGUCGACUUGCUUUUCUCACCUCGUUUCUUGGGCAAUGACGACUCGCAGAAAUCAGUCCAGUCCUGCCCUCCUGUCAGGACAGCUGAGAGUUGUCUUGCUCCUCUGUCAUUCUAGCCGAGACGGGCUCUUGCUCGGAUGACGACGGCGACGGGCCACAUGUGUUUGUAAUAUAGGUCGAGUAGACUUCGCUCUGGGUCAGCGUGGGCUCAUCGGAAGCAAAACACAUGCGUUCAGUGUAUGUACAUGUCAAGUACAAUAAAGCUAUGUGCUUCGUGGCCUUGAGAAAUUUACCCGCUCAAUUGAAGGUGGUCGCGUCACUCAC